GUUGACAAGCCUACAUUCUCUCAAGUACCUCGACAUGUCUUUUCUUGACCUUUCCAUGGCAAGCGAUCAUUGGGUGCAUGUAAUGAACGAGUCUCCUUCCCUUGUUGAGCUGCACCUAUCAAACUGUGGUCUCUCAUAUAUUUCUCCAACUCUUCCUUCUGUUAAUUUCACAUCUCUCUGCGUCCUUGAUCUCUACGGGAAUGAAUUCAACUCUAGAAUUCCGAACUGGAUAGCUAACAUUAGUAGUCUCGUUUCCUUGGAUCUCUCAUAUAACAACUUUCAUGGUGAGGUUCCCUAUCAAUUUUCACAACUCCCAAACUUGGAAGAGUUGGGGUUCGGAGGAGAUGUUGAUAAACUCAGUGCUAACUGUUCACAACUCCUUGAAGGCAGCUGGAGUAGGAUCAAGCUACUUGCUCUGUCUUUCAGUCAUCUGUAUGGAGGAAUCCCCAAGUCUAUUGGAAAUAUUACCUCACUUGUACAUCUCUCUCUGUCUUCCAAAGAAAACACAACAGGUAGCAUUCCAAGAGCCAUAACUAAGCUUAUCAAUUUAGAGAGCCUGUCAUUGAUCAGAUACGAUAUGCAUGCGGUCAUUCCGGAUUGGUUAGAUGAGCUCAAAAAUCUAAAGAACAUUGUUCUCUCCGAUUGCAUGUUGACAGGUCCAAUCCCUGCAUCUCUUGGAGAAUUGUCUUCCUUAGAAGAAUUAGAUCUUUCAAUGAAUCAGUUGAAUGGGAAUAUCCCUGCAGCUCUUGGAGGAUUGUCCUCCUUACAAAGAUUAUCUCUCAGUCAGAAUCAGCUGAAUGGGAAUAUCCCUGCAACUCUUCUUGGAGGAUUGUCUUCAUUGGAAAAAUUAGAUCUCUCAGGGAAUCAGUUGAAUGGGAGAAUCCCAACAACAUCAGGACAGCUUUCUAACUUGGCUUGGCUUGACCUCUCUUACAACUCCUUGAUAGGAAACAUGUCUGAAAGUCAUUUUGAAAACCUCAAAAAGUUGAAGUUUUUAUUUUUGUCUUCCAAUUCUUUGGUUUUUCAUCCAAACCUUGAUUGGACCCCUCCAUUUCAGCUUUAUCUCAUGAGGCUAGGAUCAACUCAUUUAGGUCCUCAAUUUCCCCCCUGGCUACAAACACAAAAAUACCUAGGUGAGUUGGAUCUCUCUAACACAGCCAUCUCUGGCAUCAUCCCCACCUGGUUUUGGGAUUUAACGCCCCAACUUCUUUCACUGAACCUUUCAAAUAACGAGAUUUCUGGCCAAUUGCCCAACCCUUUAAAACUGCAGCCUCAGGCCUACAUUGAUUUGAGUUCGAAUCAUUUCAGUGAUCCCAUACCUUGCAUAUUGGAUGGAGCUAGAAUACUUGAUCUCUCCAACAAUCAAUUUUCUAGGCCAAUCCCACCAGAUUUCGCAUCCACAAUGCACAAUUUAGAAUUCUUUUAUGCCAAAGGUAACCAAAUCAGUGGCAUAAUUCCUUCCAUUGAAGGAAUGAAUUCUUUGGUUGUCCUUGAUCUUUCCCAAAACAAUAUAAGUGGUAUCAUUCCGUUGAGAUUGGGAAAUUGUGUAGCACUUGAGGCACUUGAUUUGAGCAAGAACAGGUUAUCGGGAGGAAUACCCAGGUCGUUGGGUCAAUUACGUCGACUCCGAACAAUGCACUUGAGCAACAAUACCCUAUCGGGACAAGUCCCUUCAUCUUUGAAGAAAUGUACCAGUUUGGAGACUCUCGACCUUGGAUACAACAAUUUCUCAGGUCAUAUUCCCACUUGGAUUGGCAAAAGUUAUCGAGCUUUAAGAAUUCUGAGUUUACGAUCCAAUAUGUUUACUGGCAACAUCCCACCACAAUUAUUGAACCUAACUUCUCUUCAGGUCCUUGAUUUGGGACAAAAUUGUUUAUCUGGUUCAAUUCCUCGGAGUAUUGAAAAUCUCAUGGCCAUGAAAUAUGAGCAGAAGACGAACCUCAUUCUUACAUAUGGAGAGAUGACAAUAUCAUAUUACAAGGAAAACUUGUUGGUGUCAGUGAAGGGGCUAAUGCUUGAAUACACAAGAACAAUUUCAUUGGUUACAUGCAUAGACCUUUCAAACAAUAACUUAUCUGGAGAGAUCCCUCAAGGACUCACUAGUCUUUUGGGAUUGCGUGUUUUAAACUUAUCUCAAAACCAUUUGACCAGAAAGAUCCCAGACAAGAUUGGUAAAUUGGCACUGUUGGAGUCUCUUGAUUUCUCAAAAAAUCAGCUUUCAGGUGCAAUUCCUUUGAGUAUGUCAAAUUUAACUUAUCUAAGUUACUUGAACUUGUCAUAUAACAACUUGUCGGGGAGAAUUCCAUCUGGAAAUCAGCUCCAGACACUUGAAAAUCCAUUUAUUUAUAUCGGCAACAACAGACUCUGUGGACCUCCUCUUCCAAAUAAGUGUGAUAGUGAUGAGACAUCUCCAGGUCCAAUGCCUAUUGGUGGUGAUGUAGAAAAAGAUGAAGAGAAUGAAAUGCUUUGGUUUUACUCGUCGAUAGCACCAGGAUUUGCCGUGGGGUUUUUGGCCUUCUUUGGCAUUUUAGUGCUCAAGAAGUCUUGGAGGAUUGCCUAUUUCCGCUUCUUUGAUAAAAUGAAAGAUAGACUAUUUUGCAAUUGUUGCUUUACAGCAUGUUAGAUUGAAGGAGUUUGAUGGAAACCCAUGUCAUGAGUAGUGAACAAAUCUUUGUAACC